AUGGCUCUUCUUGUUGAUAAGCUGCGACCACGCACCCUUGAUGCUCUCUCGUACCACCCCGAGCUGUCUGAUCGCCUGCGGUCACUGGCACAAAGCGGCGAUUUCCCCCAUCUACUAGUUUACGGACCCUCUGGAGCUGGAAAGAAGACACGGAUAAUUGCGACAUUGAAAGAACUGUACGGCCCCGGUGUUGAGAAGAUCAAGAUCGACGCCAGAGUCUUCCAAACAACAAGCAACCGCAAGCUGGAGUUCAACAUUGUCUCAUCCGUCUACCACCUUGAAAUCACACCAGCAGAUGUCGGGAUGUAUGACCGAGUAGUCGUCCAGGAAUUGCUCAAGGAAGUAGCGCAGACGCAACAGGUGGAUCUCGGCGCGAAGCAGCGGUUCAAAGUCGUGGUCAUCAACGAGGCCGACCAUCUUACGCGCGAUGCGCAAGCCGCCCUCAGACGUACUAUGGAGAAAUACAGUCCCAAUUUGCGAUUGAUUCUCCUAGCCAACAGCACCUCCAACAUCAUUGCGCCAAUUCGUUCUCGAACCCUGCUGGUCAGGGUUGCAGCACCUACCGAAAAUGAUAUUUGCACUGCGCUCAGUGCUGCAGGACAAAAGCAAGGAUGGGCCGAGUCAGAAGUUCUUAACAAGAGAAUUGCAAAGGAGAGUGGGCGGAAUUUGCGUCGUGCCCUACUGAUGUUCGAGUCGAUUUAUGCGCAAAAUGAAAAAGUCACAGACAAUACCCUUAUUCCGCCUCCGGACUGGGAGGCCCUUAUUUCCCUAACGGCGGAUGAGAUUUUGGCCGAACGGUCACCGGCUCGACUAUUGCAGGUUCGCGCGCGUCUUUACGAUCUCUUGACCCAUUGUAUCCCCCCUACAACGAUUCUGAAGACCUUGACAUUCAAACUGGUCGCACGGGUCGACGAUGCACUGAAGCCAGACGUCAUCAAGUGGUCUGCGUUUUAUGAGCACCGUAUCAAGUUGGGAAGCAAAGUUAUCUUCCACCUUGAAGCUUUCGUGGCGAAGUUUAUGCGCAUCUAUGAAAGUUAUCUGAUGGGCAUGGACUUUUAA